AUGGAUGUUAAACUUACGAAAGAUGCACCGAUUGGAAGCAUUUUUGUCGCUCAUCCAAGUGGAUGGAUAACCGUCCAAGGAUUUUUAAAAUGGUUAAAUGCAUUCGUGGAUCGAGUUAAUCCGACUGAGGAAAACCCAAUUCUUUUAAUAUUGGACGGCCAUAGCACACAUAAGGAUCUGCAAGUUAUUUUAUAUGCAAAAGAACACCACGUUCACAUGCUAAGUUUGCCCCCUCACACGACACACAAACUGCAGCCUUUGGACAGAGCUAUUAUGAAACCGUUUAAAGGUGCAUUUAAUGCAGCAUGUGAGGUCUGGAUGAGCAAAUACGGAAGACUAGGCUUAAAAAUAACUGUUCAAGAAAUCAGUGGUUUAGUUGGAAGCGCAUUUUCAAAAAUUUGUAGAAUGGAAUUGGCACAAUCUGCAUUUCAAUGUACAGGGAUAUAUCCCUUAAACAAAAAUAUCUUUACAGAACUAGAUUUUCUUCCUGCUUCAAACACUACGAAAAUAUUAGAAGCCGACAACCAAGAGAACCAUGAACCUAAAAAUCAUUCACUAACCCCUUCUACUGGCUUAAACUUCGGAUCUCUAAACCAGUCUUCAUUUGACAAAAUAGUUCCUUCCGUUUCUACAAUAAAUCAACGGAACUUCUAA